AUGGACGACGCGCCCCCUGUGCCGAGUCCCCUUUCGAUCCGACAAAGCUACGGUUUCCCCCUGGGCGAAGAAGAAGAUGAUGAAGGAGAAGAGGGAGAGGACCUCCUCACGCCCCUUUUGCAGUCUCGCCGCCCCUCGCGACAGUACGUGUCCAUCUCCUCCCCGCCCGGCGACUCCUCCCUGCCGGGUGCCGCUGAUUCAGGUCCGCGACGAGUCGCCCGGCGGCAGGGCGGGAGAGGCGCGUCCGUCCGUGGUCUCCGAGGACGCGACUGUCGCCGGGCUGCCGCUGACGCGGGUCCCCCCGUGGACGACCCCCCGUGGACGAGCAACUCGGACAGAGAGCGGAGCAAGAGCGGAGAAAGCGCCGAGUGUCGCUGCGACGAGGGGAGCCUCAGGAGGGGGGUUGUGCAUGCGACGGUGCUGGCGGCGCAGUUUGUCGUGUUUACGGGCGUGUUUUGCGUGUGGGUGGGCGUUGCGGUUGGCGAGGGCGCUGACCAUUCGGGAUUUUGGCACAAGUUGUGGGUGUAUUUCCAGCCGGUGCUGGGGGGGCUCGGUCUGCUUGCCGCGGCGGCGAUGCUGGCCUACGACAUGGCUGAUGGGCUGUCUGACGGUGUGUUUUUGGGGGUUCAGGCCGGAGUGUUGGCGGUGGCUGGCGCGGCUGGGCUCUGCGUGGUCUGGUGGGCGCUUGAGACGGGGAGCCGGGCGGUUAUUGGGGCCGCGGCGGGCACGGCGGCCAUGAUGCUCGGGGUGGGGGUGUUUGGGUUUGCGAGGGCGGCCGUGGUUUGGUGGCUGAGUUGA